AUGGAAGAAGAAGAAGAAGAGGGGAUUGUUGUCUCUCCUCUAAUUUCUGAGCAACAAACAAGGCAUGAAGAAAGUGCUUCAGAUUUUAUUGGUGAGUUGAUAGGAGAAGCCAAGCAGCAGCUAAAUUUAGCAUUGCCUUUGAUAGCAGUAAACAUUUUGCAGUAUUGUUUACAAGUGAUUUCGAUUAUGUUUGUUGGACACUUGGGAGAGUUGCCUCUCUCUAGUGCUUCCAUGGCUACUUCUUUUGCUUCCGUCACGGGCUUCAGUGUAUUGCUAGGAAUGGGCAGUGCGUUGGAAACAUUGGCUGGGCAAGCCUAUGGGGCAAAACAAUACCAUAUGCUCGGUAUUUACACCCAACGAGCAAUCUUAGUUCUUUUAUCCUUUAGCAUUCCCCUCUCAUUCAUUUGGUUCUACACCAGCACCAUUCUUAUAAGUUUUGGUCAAGAUCAAGAUAUAUCUAUUGGAGCAGGAGUGUUUAACUGUUGGAUGAUCCCGGGCCUUUUUCCUUAUGGCAUCCUCCAAUGUCUCAACAGAUUUUUGCAGACGCAGAAUACUGUAAUUCCUAUGAUGAUAAGCUCUGGAAUCGCAGCUUUGUUGCACAUUUUCAUAUGUUGGCUUUUCGUGUUUAAAAUCGAGCUUGGAAUCAAAGGAGCAGCUUUGGCUAACGCCAUCUCGUAUUGGAUCAAUGUGCUAUUGUUGGCACUAUAUAUCAAGUUCUCCUCAGCUUGCUCGAAAACUUUCAUGGGUUUUUCAAGAGAAGCCUUUGAUAAUUUACUUGGGUUUUUGAAGCUUGCAAUUCCUUCAGCAAUAAUGAUAUGCUUCGAAUACUGGUCAUUUGAAAUGGUAGUCCUUUUAUCCGGUCUUCUCCCAAAUCCAAAAUUAGAGACAUCAGUAUUAUCUAUAAGCCUUAACACGUGUUGGAUGGUGUAUAUGAUCUCAGUCGGUCUGGGUGGUGCUAUAAGUACUCGGGUUUCAAAUGAAUUGGGUGCCGGGCGCCCACAAUGUGCACGUAGAGCUGUACGUGUAGCAGCAGGGAUUGCCAUUUUAGAAGGUGCAAUUGUUGGAACAACUACCAUUCUUGUUCGGCGUGUUUGGGGAAAGCUGUAUAGCAACAACAAAGAAGUUAUCAGAUAUGUAGAAAAAAUCAUGCCUCUAUUAGCAUUGUCCGACUUUCUAGACGGAUUUCAAUGUGUGCUAUCAGGUGCGGCUAGAGGAUGCGGAUGGCAAAAGUUAUGUGCUUUCAUCAACCUUGGAGCCUAUUAUGUCGUGGGAAUACCUUGUGCUGUGAUUUUUGCGUUCGUCUUUCACAUCGGAGGACUGGGACUUUGGAUGGGGAUCAUAUGUGGACUUUCCAUUCAAGCUAUUGCACUCUUGAUGAUAAAUCUAUGCACUAAUUGGGACAAAGAGGUGAAGAAGGCCAUGGAUGGAGUUCAAAAUUAA